AUGGUUAGAAAGCCUGGAGGCAACACAAAGAGUUCGGACAACUAUGACAACCACCAGAAUCAUGGAGGCCAGGCUGCCCAGAAACAGUCUGGCCAGAAAACCGAAGUUAGACGAGAGGAUAUGAUGGAAUGGGAACCAACUCUACAAGCAUCCGCGAAAGUGAACGCUGCGCGCACCCGCAAAGACCAAGCGCUGUUGGGCAAGCGUGCCAAGUGGGUCGACCAGGCCGAGAUGGACGCCCGUUACCGUGAAGGGCGUUGCCUCCGUUGUGGAAGAGACAACUGCAGAAUCGAGCGCUGUCCAUUGGCUGCGCCUAUCCGACCCGCAAACACGACCCGACGCACUCAGGUCAAUGCCGUGACCCCGUCACGACCAGCGGUCACUAAAGCCGAGGUCGCCGAAGACGAUACUUCUUCUCAUAGCGAUGAAGAUUCAGACUAG